ACAUUAAAAAAAUACAUCACGAAACAAAAUCGUCACCUAUAUAUAUAAAUAAAUUAUGGAAAAAAUUUACAUUAGAUAUAAAUACUCAUUUCCUCUCUUUCUCAAAAAAGUCACUAUAACGAAACUUCGUGGAAGCUACCAUGGCAGAGAGGCAGUACCUUCACUCCAUCCACCAUUUAAGCACACUACCUUCCUUCCUAUUUCUCCUCAACAACACCAACAACUCUUCUUCUUCUUCUUCAUUUUCUUUCUCUCUCUACUUUUUCUUUUUCCGCCAUGAAAUUCGUCAAAAAUCUCAAGCUCAGCCCAAAGCGACUUUUCAGGUCGUCAAAGGAUAGCAACAAGUUAUCUUCGUCAACUUCCGAUCCACCUUCAUUCGGAUCCGGUUCAUCCACGUCAUCAUCAUCUUCAUCAGAUGCUUCAACUUCGCAUAAUCUCAAAUCCGUCGGUUCGGUUACUCCGACCAGCGUUUUGCCUGAUCAGUGGUCAGAUUACUCGACCGAUACUCAUUCUGAGCUUAAUCAAGCUUUUAAACUCAUAGAUCGAGAUAACGACGGAAUCGUUUCGAGAAAAGAGCUCGAGGCCUUGCUUUUACGGCUUAGCGGCUGCGAUGGAGCGAGCGAAGAAGUUGUUGCUACGAUGCUUAGCGAAGUCGAUUGCGAUGGUGAUGGUUCUAUUAGCGUUGAGGCUUUGAUGAGCCGAGUCGGUCCUGUGGCUUGUGAGCCGGAGUCGGAGCUUCAAGAGGUGUUUAACUUCUUCGAUACGGAUCGUGAUGGUAAGAUCUCGGCGGAGGAGCUUUUGAGCUUCUUUGUUACUAUCGGCGAUGAACGGUGCACGUUAGACGAUUGUAGGCGCAUGGUAGACGGUGUUGAUAAGAAUGGAGAUGGGUUCGUCUGCUUCGAGGAUUUCUCUCGUAUGAUGGACCUUCAAAGAUUAUCGUAAAAUAUCAUGAAAAUCAUGGUUUUUUUUUCUAAUUAAAAUUAAAUACUUAUUCUCUCUCUCUUUUGUGUUAUUUAUCUGGUUAUUAUUAUUAUUUUUUUUACGGUGAGAGAUUAAUCUGAAUCGAAAAUCUACGGUCGUGAUUGGGUGAUCUUGAUAUUUGAGGAAAUAUAAGCGUCACGUUAACGUGUGUACUGUAAAAUCUUAAGCCAAUUAGAAUCUGACACGUGGUGUUUGGAGUUGUGGAAAAAUGUUUAAUGAAAAUUCAAAUAUAUAUCUCGAAAGCUAAUGAAGAAAGUGAUGACGUGGCUUUUUUUUUUUUUUUUUUGCGGGAGUUGUACUUUUCAAGUCAUAUAAAUACAAUCGAAAGGUCUCAUUCAGAUUUGAA